AUGAACAAACAGUGGGAUGCGCUAAAGGAUAUCCCCGACCUCCACGGGAAAGUCGUUGUCGUGACGGGAGGAAGUAAUGGCAUUGGUUUUGAGACAGUGCGGCUUCUCGCUCAACGUGGAGCAAAGGUGUACUUCACAUCACGAUCCGAAUCAAAGGCACGGAAUGCAAAGGACAUCCUCCAAACCAACUAUCCGGACAUCGAAGCAAAUAACAUCGACUGGCUGUUAUUGGACUUAUCCGAUCUAAAGAGCAUCGAUGCGGCGGCCCAUGCGCUGAACGAGAAGGAAAGCAAAGUAGACAUUCUGAUUAAUAAUGCUGCGUAUUCGACGUUGUCCAACGAACUGUUGUAUGGUAGAUGGGAACAACACCUGGCCGUCAACUACAUCGGACCCUUCUUUUUCGUUAACCGUGUUAUGCCGCUUCUUAAGAAUGCUCUGAAAGCGAAGGACGCCGACGUUAGGAUCAUAAACCUCAGUUCGCUCGCCCAAGUUACCAUGCUGCCGCAAAACUUCGAAUUCCACUUCGACUCCACCGAUUGCCUUCGCAACCCGGUUCGUGCACACCCUUGGCAAUGGCGAUAUAUUGGUAGAUUUAUGUUCGGCUUCGAUCUGAUCCGCUACGCCGUUUCAAAAGCCGCCGUUGCUUUAUUUACAAAGGAAUUACAGCGCCGGUUGGAUGAGCAGGGUCUCCCUAUUGUAUCUGUUGCCGUGCACCCAGGAGAGGUUGCCACCGAGGGUUUGAUGAUAGUCAAUUACCUAUUCAUACGGACUAUAGCCCGCCUCUUCUUCCUCGCAUCCGAGCAAGGUGCUGCGACAUCUGCCUUCGCUGCCACCGCGAUAGAGGUCAGACAGAAUAUCGAGAACUACAAGGGGAAGUUCCUGGUGCCUGUUGGCAAAGUUGAAUCCCCAAAUGCAGUUGUUGAGGAUGACAAACAGAUCAAAGGGCUGUGGGAGACCACAAACAUGGAGGUUAAUGAGCAACUUGUUACUGAGGGUCUUGCCCCCUUAGACAUGUGGUGA